UCGGUUUGCAUGUUUUGUUGGCUUUACGUAUUUCAUUAAAGCUUACAAUACAAUAUACGUAUAAUAAUUAAAGUGCAUUAAAGUUUAUUGUUGGACGUGUAUCGUCACAUCUGUGUGCUAGUGAACUUGAAAAUCUGGUGUUUCCUGACCCAUAUGUUGACUUGAAGUGACUUGGUUAUUUUAUUGAUUUUCGUGGGUUUUCGAGAUGGAUAUCAUCCAAACACCUAAGUUGGAGAACGUCCAGCUCAUGGACAAGUACAACCUGCGGAACCCUUCCAAGGGCACGCUGUACUUCGCCACCACGCACCUCAUCUUCGUCGACCAUGAGAUGAAGAAGGAAACUUGGAUCCUCCUAAUGCACAUAUCAUCAGUAGACCGUCUACCGAUCACGACGACAGGGUCCCCUCUACUGGUCCGGACGAAGACAUUCCAGUCGGUUUUGUUCGUCAUACCAAGGGAACGAGACUGCCAUGAGAUGCAUCAGACAUUACUACGGCUUAGUCAACCAGUGCACAUCGACGAGCUAUACUGCUUCCACUACAAGUCCACGCCCGAAGACCUGCCCAAGUCGGCGGGGUGGAACUUCUUCGACAUACCGACGGAGUUCCAGCGGAUGAACGUGCCCAACGAACACUGGGUGCUCUGCACAGCCAACAAGGACUAUGAGCUAUGCGACACGUAUCCGAGUGAGAUCUACGUGCCAGCGCGCGCGUCGACCGCCGUGCUGCUCGGCAGCGCCAGCUUCAGGUCGCGCGGCCGGCUGCCGGCGCUGGCCUACCUGCACCACAACAAGGCCGCCAUCGCUCGCUGCUCGCAGCCGCUCAGUGGGUUCUCAGCUAGGUGUAUGGAAGAUGAACAGAUGCUCGAUCUCAUCAGGAGAGCGAAUCCAAACUGCGGGUACAUGUAUGUCGUUGACACGAGGCCUAGGAUAAACGCGAUGGUGAACCGCGCGGCGGGCAAGGGCUACGAGAACGAGGCGUUCUACGAGAACAUCAAGUUCCAGUUCAUGGGCAUCGGCAACAUACACGUCAUGAGGAAGAGCCUACAGAAGCUUGUAGAAACUUGUGAACAGAAUUCUCCCACUAUGUCCUCAUUCCUCAGCGGCUUGGAAUCAUCGGGAUGGCUCAAACAUAUCAAAUCAAUCCUAGACACAUCAUGGUGGAUAGCCGCCGCCAUACAAUCGGGCGUGUCAGUGUGCGCGCACUGCAGCGACGGCUGGGACCGCACCGCACAAGCGUGCUCCCUGGCCGCACUCAUGUUGGAACCACAUUACAGAACUAUCAACGGGUACCAGGCACUGAUAGAGAAGGACUGGCUCUCGUUCGGUCACAAGUUCACGGCCCGCUGCGGGCACGUGGCGUGCGACGCGCGCGAGCGCUCGCCCGUCUUCACGCAGCUGCUCGACGCCACGUGGCAGCUGCUGCGACAGUGCCCCGAGGCGUUCCAGUUCAACGAGCGGUUCCUGCUGACGCUGCACGACCACGCGCACGCCUGCCAGUACGGCACGUUUGUCGGCAACUGCCAGAAGGACCGGCGGGACCUUAGGUUAUCCGAGCGGACGUUCUCGCUGUGGGGCUACAUGGCGAACCACCUGAACGAGUACAAGAACCCGCUGUACAACCCUAAGGCGCACCCCGACGUGCUCAAACCGGACCUCAGCGCGCAGAGCAUACGGUUCUGGCGCGGCAUGUACUGCCGGCACGAGAGCGGCGUGCACCCGCGCGAGCCGCUCGGCGACCUGCUCCCCGCCGCCGCCGACCACUGCUCCGCGCUCGACCACCACAUCAACUACCUCGCCAAGAGAAUAACGACGUUCAAGAACCUCCUCUCGGGCAAGAAGGACAAAGGCCAGGAGUCCACCGUGGUCAACUACCAGAACGGGAACGGUGACACCGUGGACAUCGAGACUAGAACUGAUCGCCUUUCCUUAGACAACAAGUUAAUCUACGACGAGGGUUCGACGGUGAGCGAGUUGGAGUGCGCGAACCACGACCACCCGCUCAAAGAUGCCGCCAAGCCCACCAUACCUCUCAUCACGGAGAAGAGCCACGACUCGAUCCCGGCGAGCCUGUCUCUCCUCGAGCGUGAGAUCAACUCGGUGGCCCUCGACUGGCGGAGCUUGAAGCACGUCACUGAGUGCAGCUGUUCCACACCGCUCGAUCACUUUAGUAGAAAGCACCACUGCUGGGGCUGCGGGCGCUGCGUGUGCACGCGCUGCGUGGCGGCGCGCGCGCCGCUGCCCGCGCUGGCCAGCCCGCGCGCCGCGCCGCUGUGCGCCGCCUGCGCACCCACACACGCGCAGCACGCUCAUUAGCACACACAUAGUUAAUCCCAGUUGCACCGGCCCCAUUUAACAGACUGAUUAACGUCGAACAGCAGUGAACUACGUUCCUAACAAAUAAAUUUAGCGAAUGCUUUAACGGUGUCAGACGGUUUGGUGCGACCGACCCUUACACUUACUAUAGUUGACCCGAACCAAACGGACGACCGGGGUCGUAAAACUUCUCAGUCACGCUCGCACGGUUGGAGGUAGGGUGAAAGAGAUAGAGAUAUGAUCCCAGUCGUCCAUUUGGUUUGGGUCAACUAUACUAAGGGUCAGUUGCACCAAACCGUCUGACACCGUUAAAGCAUUCGCUAAAUAUAUAAGUGUGCAAAAUAUAUAAUGGGUAGAAAUUAUUGGUAAGGCAACAACUCUCGUAUUAUUCGUAUACGUACGUCGCUUAGACCGUCAGACGUAGCGGACGAAACGGUAAUGUCUUCCAUUGGAUCCCUUUGUUUGACAUAAUUAUAAGUCAUAAUGUAAUGAUUGUCAGAUUAUCAUUAGUCAUCAUUCUGCAACCGUUAAUUUUUCAGGAUUCUCAUAAAGUUAUCCUAUAAAUAAGUUAGGUUAGGUUUGUUUUAUGGCAAUGAUUAAAAGUUACGCGUUUCUGAGAAAAACCAAAUUAUGUCUGACGAAAAUGCGGACAAACAAUACAUUAUGACUUAAAACUGUAUAGGGAACAAUAGAGACCAGAGUAUAAAUGCGACAGCGAGCCAUUAGCGUUUCGUUCACUACGUCGCAAAGGAUUGACAUCUUGGCUAGGCCCCCAGGUAUUUGAGUCAACGUCGGUGAUUUAUACAAAACUAUGAAAUGCCCAGAGCAAUAUAGUUCAAACUCAUACUGUAUAUGUAUAAUAAAAAUUUGAUGAUCAAGUAAGCAUCUAUAAUUGUUUAUAUAACAUUGCUGUACAUAACAUUGUAGAAAAUAGUCGCUUACAAAACUACUGUCUUUCAAAGGAUUAAAAUUUAGUAUGGUACAUUCGAGCCAAUUCGCUUAUACCUACUAAGAUAAUCUGUGUUUAUUGUCCACAUGUCCCAAUAUGCUCAAGUUAGAUGCUAGUUACUUGCGUAAGCUUGCGUAUCGUGCAAGUAUCUACAGAGUUUUUGCAAGUUUCCCAAAUGUUGGAAAAGUUCUCGAAAAUUCCAGGAAAAAAAUACAGGUCCCGAACUUUCAUUUUCGAAAUAGAAAUUCUUAUACAACAAUUUCUGAAAGUUUUCUCAGUGGAAAUUUUGUAUUUACCGACGGUACAUCAGGUACGUGCAAGUAAACGGGUGUGGGUUAGGCGGUUAUCACACUGGUUGCGAUUCGAACGUCGCUCCGAUAUGCGAGUGGGAUGUCGCAUAGCGUUGUCUCGCUCAAACAUCGGAGCGCUGUGCUAAUCGCAUCCAGUGAUAAUUAUUGUGGAUUCCAUGUCUGUUUUCGAACAUAAUAACCACGUGAAGAAUCAUAAUAACACUAUGCUUCUCACUCUUCCCAGUGUCGCAUUUUUUAACUUAUGAAUUUUCCUAUUAUUGUUGCGUUUUAUAUUUUGUAUUUUUAUUUUAUAAAAGUUGUAAGUAUUUUAAUUCCCUUUAUAGUUAAUGUUUAAUGUUUAAGAACUAAUGUAAUGUAUAUUAGAGAUCAAUCGUUAUGUACAUAACUGUGAUGUUAUUAUUUAAUGAUAUAAUAAAGAAUAUGCUGAGACACUA